AUGGCCUCAAUUUGUCAGAAAGGAAUUACUUUACCUCCCUUUUCUUCCAUCGCAAAUGAAGCAUUAGCCGCGUCUAAUAUAACUACGAGAAUUCCAAGAAAAUUACCACAACAACCGGGACAAUUUAAAUUCAUUAUGUAUCAAGCAGAAAUACCGGCGUCAUCAUCUUCAGCUACUACUUCAAUGCAGGGCAGAAAUAAAAAGGUGGCUGCUGAGAUAAAGACGAAAGCGAGAUCAAAGAUUUCUCCAAACACAUCACCGAAAAAUUCUAAAGUUAAGAAAAAUUCACGAAAAUCCCCAUUAUCAUCUUCGAUGCAACACUUUCUUCCUGAGGCUUUACAACGAACAGUUAUACCAAACUCGCAUCAUAUACCACCGCCAAAACAUAUUAAGAAACAAUUCUUUUUAUCGACCAACUACAAUAGCAGAAUACGUGGAUCCCUUAAGAAAUUAUUGGCAAUACACCAAUUAUCAUCCAGAGACAAUAAAUGCUAA